AUGCGCGGCACUCUCAUCUUCGCGGGCUCUUCCUGCCCAGUCCUCACCACUCAGAUAUGUGAGAACCUGGGCAUGGCUCCUGCCGAGGCGGAGCUUACCCAAUUUUCCAAUGGCGAGACGAGUGUGCGAAUUUUGACUAGUGUACGAGAGAAGGAUGUCUUCGUCGUCCAGUCUGGCAGUGCUAAGGUCAACGACACCAUCAUGGAGUUGUUGAUCAUGAUCUCGGCCUGCAAUGGCGGCUCGGCCAAUAAGAUUACUGCUGUACUCCCGUACUUCCCCUACAGCCGUCAGUCAAAGAAGAAAUCCCACCGCGGUGCAAUCACGGCGAGAAUGCUUGCGAAUCUUCUGGGUGUCGCUGGCGUCAAGCACGUCAUUACCGUCGAUCUUCACGCGUCCCAGAUGCAGGGAUUCUUCAAGUGCCCGGUCGACAAUCUCCAUGCCGAGCCGUUGAUCGCGAGAUGGAUCCGUCACAACGUGCCCAACUGGAAGGAGGCUGUCGUCGUGUCCAAGAAUGCCGGCGGAACCAAGCGUGUGACAUCGCUUGCGGACGCGCUCAAGCUCAACUUUGGCAUGGUCACUACGGAGAAGAACCGAAAGGGAACCAACAUGACGUCGAGUAUGAUCAUGCACCACUUGGAUAACCUGGAUCGGGAGCCGGUACUGGAGAGUAGUCGCCAGCCCCUUACUCCACGACCCUCUACACCUCCUGUAGCUGGACGUGCUGCUAGGGUGAGAGCCGACGCCUCCGGCUCUCCCCAGCGCACAAGCGCCCCACGCUCCCACCCUCGCUCCUCGGAUGACCGGCCCACCACGCCUACGCAAUCCAAACCUGGCGACGGCUCUAUGGACGAGGAGGAAAGCGAUGCACAAUACGACGACCGUCGCGCUCAGGAAGUUACGCACGGCCGACUGGUACAGGGUCACAUAGUGGACGAUGACUAUCCCUCGCCUGCUGCGUCGACUGUGAGCGGGAGCGGCCGAGAGGAAGAUCCCAUGGCCGCGUCACAUGCCUCAUCAUUUUUUGCCCCUGCGCCCCAUGCUCUGGGAGGCUCCGGAGACGCGGCACCGGAGUCGGACGAAGAGGACGAAGUCUUGAAGGAUCCCAAGGUCGAGCACAUGAUCACCCUCGUCGGUGAUGUCAAGAACAGAACUGUCUUCAUCGUGGACGACAUGAUUGACAAGCCCAACUCUUGGAUUGCAGCGGCCGAGACCGUUGUCAAGAAGGGGCAUGCCAAGAAGGUCUACUGCAUGGCCACCCAUGGUGUUUUUGGUGGCGAUAGUCUCGAGCAGUUGCAGAAAUGCGAAUGCAUCGACACCAUUCUGGUGACCAACAGCUUCCCCAUCCCCGAGGACCAGGCCAAGCGUGCACCUAAGCUCGUAGUCCUGGAUCUCUCCUUCCUUCUUGCCGAAGCCAUCCGUCGAAACCACUACGGCGAGUCGAUUUCUCCUCUGUACCAACACAUUCUGGACUAG